AUGAAAGUUACCAAAGAAAAUCUAUCCGACAUCAGGGAAGAGUAUGAAAAGGCGCAUCGUUACAUCGACGAGGAAAGUAAAAAUGAUCCCCCAACGGAACCGUUCCGUUCGCAUUAUAUCGCCCGCGACAUCCUAAACAGUGCGUUGCGAAAAGUGAGGACCCUCUCCGAGGCGCUCGACACGCAAAGCGAUGUGGCCACAACCGUGCGGUGCAUUCAUGGUAACAUCCUGAAGGAUAUCGCCAAGAUUACUAUCUUUGUUGAGGAACCACGCGGUGAGGAGCUGCUGAAGGAGGCUCUCGAAUUGAUUGAGGCCGACUGCGAAAAGGAACCGGCCAUAAAUGUGCGCAUUGAGAUACUGAACCAACUCGGCAUAAUGGCAUGCAAUCAGUCAAAUUUUGCCGAAUCGAAACAGUAUCUGGAGCAGGCUAAGGAUAUCUAUUUUGAGACGAAAGAGCUGGACCGUGAGCCGCUCACGAUGGCCGAUCUGUUCGGUACCAAAGAGGAGGUAGAGAAAGGAAAAGGCUUGAAGCUGCUAGAAUCGAACCACACGUUGACGCUGUACUACUUGGCGCAAGUGUUUGGAUUUCUGGACAACUUGGCAGACUCGGCACAGUACUGCCACAUGACACUGCAGCGCCAGCUCGAGUACAACGAGUACGAGCACGUCGAUUGGGCCCUGAAUGCGGUCACACUGUCCCAGUUUUAUUUCCCGCAAAAUCAUCUCUCCCAAGCAAGGCAUCUGCUCGCCGCCAGCACGUUCAUGUUGAAUCGCUACGAAACGGAAGUGGUCGAAAAGAUAACGAAUGCAACGGAACGGGCUGAAAAGGAAGAAACGCUUAGGUACCGCAUGGCGGACGUUGGACGCUGCUGGGCAAAGUACGGACUACACAUUCUUACCACCUCGAAGGAGCGUCUAAGCGCGGACGAUGAACCGAAUGAAGAUGGCACGGCCAAGCCACUGUUGACACCGGUACGCAAAGUGAACCGUUUUCGUGGGCUCGAUCUAGCCGCGUACGAGGGCCAGGUGACGGAUGAGUUCUGCCUGACGUUUGACGAUGCGAAGCUCGUAAUGCUGAACUCGCUUUCGUGGUUAAACAAAGCGAAAGAAUACUACACGAAGGAAACGGAAGCGUCACAGUACGCGAAAAUCUUGCAGGACGUUGCCUCACUGUACAAACAUUUGGCGUUCUUCGAGGAAGACGACAGCAACCAGUGCAAGCUUUACAAACGCGGUGCGGAUCAGCUUGAGGAGAUUGUGGAGAUAUUGAACGCAACCUACUACCAAACGAUUUGCCGGGAAGCAUGGUACGAACUGGGACUGACCUACUCCAACAUGCUGAACGUGAAGUUGGGCCAGCUGGAUGAAAUGCAGUCGAAAGAUCGGCCCACACCGCACGCACUGAACAAAAUUAACCAUCUCUGCGAGCGGAGCAUUAGAAACUUUAAAAAGUUCAUUGAAUCAUACAAAAUCGAUCUGGAAAUGCUGGAGCUGCCGGAAAGCGUUGGCGAAGAUGAAAUUCAACCGAUACUGUACGCGAUGUUCCAUAUCGGCCGGCUGUACUACCGUACAAUCACACCGGACAAGCGGCUAAAGCUGAAAAACACGGAAAACAGUCUGUUCUACUACAACCGCUUCGUCGAGUGCUGCCGGGACGAGCAGAUGCGAGCACUGUUCGGCCAAGAGCUGGGCGUAUGCAAGGAGAUAAUAACGCUGCUACCGCUUAAAAUUGAAAAGCUAAAGACGGAAAUUGCGGAAGGUUAA